AGAGUCAAACCAUCCCACACACCCACAAGAGAAUCAUAAGGGACAGCUGCAGCAUUUUUGACUCAAGACGCGCCGGCAGAGCAGCGCACUAUACUUGGACCUGACAGUUCACAUACAUACCUGCAGCCUAACAUGGAGCGCAAAAUCCCGAAUUUCGCCGGCACCUGGGAGAUUAAGAGUUCUGAUAACUUCGAGGAACUCUUGAAAAAGUUGGGUGUGAACAUGAUGCUGCGUGUGAUUGCGGUGAAGGCAGCCUCCAAGCCACUGGUGGAGAUCACUCAGGACGGAGAGACGCUGUCCAUUAAAACAUCAACUACAGUCCGCACCACUCACAUCACCUUCACUGUGGGGCAGGAGUUCAACGAGGCCACAGUGGACGGACGUCCCUGCACGAGUAUUCCACUUUGGGAAACUGACAGUAAGAUCCGCUGUGAGCAGACUCUGCAGAAAGGAGAAGGGCCGAAGACGUCCUGGACCCGAGAGCUCACCAAUGACGGCAAGCUGAUCCUGACCAUGCGAGCAGAUGAUGUGAUAUGCACGAGAGUCUACGAGCGACAAUGAACAAGAGCACUUCUCACUUUUUUUCGUCCUUCCAGCUCCCCCUCUCCUGCAUCACCACUCGCAUCUCUACUCCCCGCUUUGGGAGAUAGCAGUCUAUAGUUUUAUUCCAGUAUCUCUGUUAGCUUCACUAUGUAAUAAGUGUAGUAACCAUAUCUAGUAUGUCACAUAUCUACACGGCGGUCUUAGCUCCUGAGUUAUCCCCCUGUCUCUCCAGCUCCAUCAAAAGUGACCAGCUGGGUUUUAAACAUGAAUGUUAGAUUUGAGUGACAGCUCAUUUAUUUGGCAUCGUGUGUGUGUGUGUGUGUGUGUGUGUGUGUGUGUGUGUGUGUGCAUGUGUGUGUGUGUGUGUGUGUGUUGGUGUGGCAGCAGACGAGGUGUGAGACUAUAUUUGUAGAUGUGUAAACCAAUCUUUGAGCUCUUCCAGUUUCAGGUCAGUUUUGAUGUGCCCCUCUUCUUCCUUCAGCCCUGCCCCACAACUUUAACCUUUUCUAUCUCAUGACGACAUUUUAUAUUUAUUACUACAAUAGGAGUCUGAUACAGUACUGCUAAAGUUUUUACUUUUGUCUCUUUUAUAUGAAAUGUGAUCAUAGGAAACAACACUUUCUAUGGGAAAACAAUAAAAGCAUGAUAUUAACUCACCCCGAUGUCGACUCUUAGCCCUCCUGUACUGAAAACCAUUAGGGGCAUAAAGGCA